AUGGGGGGGGCCCUCUCCUCCUGGUUCCCCCGCCUCUUUGGGGGGCGGGAGGUCCGCGUGCUUAUACUGGGCCUCGACAACGCCGGCAAGACCACCAUCCUCUUAAUCUCUACUUUGUCGCUGCUGCCUGCAUGCGUUUCGCUGCUGCUGCUGCUGCUGCUUCCUGGCCAGCAGCAGCAACGCCUGUAUGAUGAACCCCUUCCACAGCAGCACGGAGCGCAGCAGCAAGAUAACAGCGACCGCAGCCGCAGCAGCAGCAGCACCAGCGGCAGCAGCAACAACAACAGCAGCAGCAGAAGCAGCAGCAGCAGCAGAAGUAGCAGCAGCAGCAGAAACAACCGCGUUGCUGCUGCUAUCACUUUGUGUGCAGAUCGCCUACACCUAAACGAAGUCAUACAAACCGUACCCAGUGAGUGCAGCAGCAGCAGCAGCAGCAGCAGUAGCAGCAGGAGUAGCAGCAGCAGCAGCAGCAGCUGCAGCAGCAGAGCAGACACAGCAGCAGCAACAACAACAGCAGAAGCAGCACCAGCACGAGCACCAGCAGCACGGGCAGCCACAGCAGCAGCAGCAGCAACAGCAGCAGCAGCAUCAGCAGCAGCAAAAGCAACAACAACAACAGCAGCAGCAGUAACAGCAGCAACAGCAGCAGCAGCAGCAGCAGCAGCAGCAGCAGCAAACUUUUUUUUUUGUUUUUUUUUUGUGCAGCAAUUGGAUUCAACGUGGAGACAGUGA